UGAAGAAAUAAACCAUUCAGCUUUGUAGUCAAUUCUUUUAUUUAUUUAUAACGAAGACUUAGCAUUUAAAAAAGAAUUUUCUCGUUCUCGAAUAAAAUUUGUUAUUACUUCUUCUUUCUAAACUCCAUUAAAUCCCUGCUUAAGUUACAACCCGGUUAAAAGUUUAGCAAUUGUGAAGACAAUCAUGGGUAUUUUGGGAACAUCAGCUAGUGAAGAGGCAGAAUUGAGACAAGCAGCUCUUGGUUCUGGUCAAUCGGGUCAUCGUCCAAGACAAUCGGUGGAUGCUUCGUCCGGAUAUACGUCGUCAGGAUAUGAAACGGCUGACGAUUACGAAUCCGAGGUUGAUGCUGGGGCCGGACAUAAUUCGGUGAAUGGUUACGAUGCUGGGAAUAUAAAAGCUAAUCAAGAUCCUUUGAAUGAUGACGUUGAUGCCAUUGGAACUAAAAAGAUGUCUGAUACUGUGAAUAAUACUAGUGAAAGUUCUUCAAUUAAAGAUCUUCCAAGUAAUUCUGUUCCUCAACGCAAUAAUGAAGAAUAUAAUGAAGAAGAAUUAAGACGUGAAUUGAGUAAUCGUACUUAUGAUGAAGCUGUUAAUGAAGAUAUUUUAAGAACUUAUUCACAACAUUCUAAACAAGCAAAUGACGGAGCUAUUGAUAUUAAAGAUUUGGAUUGGGACAGUCCAAGUGAUCCAGAUAAUCCUCAAAAUUGGCCCAAAUGGAAAAAAUGGUUUAUUACCAUGACUGUUGCUAACGUUUGUUUAUGUGUUAGUUUAGGUUCUUCUCUUUAUGUUAGUGGAGUUCCAGAAAUUAUGCAAAAAUUCCAAAAAUCUCAAGAGCUUUGUCUUUCAGGUUUAACUUUCUAUCUACUUGGUUUAGGUCUUGGUCCAGUUUUAAUGGCUCCUCUUUCUGAAAUCAUUGGUCGUCAACCUGUUUAUAUGUUUAGUUUCCCAGUUUCCAUGUUAUUUACUAUGGGGGUUGGUCUUGCUAAAAAUAUAAGAACAAUUUUAAUUUUAAGAUUUUUCUGUGGUUAUAUUGCAUCUCCUGCUUUAUCAAUUGCUGCUGGUACUAUUUCCGAUUUAUGGGGACAUUCUCCUCAAGAAAUGUCUAUUGCAGUUGCAUUAUUUUGUGUUGCUCCAUUUUUAGGUCCAGUUAUUGGUCCAAUUGUUGGUGGGUUUGCAGCUCAAGAAAAAGGUUGGGAAUGGACAAUGUGGGUUUCUCUUAUGUUUUCAGGUGCUGUUUUACCAUUUUUAUUACUUUGUCCAGAAACUUUAAAACAUAUUAUCUUAGCUAGAAGAGCUAAAAAGAGAGGUAUUAAAUUAAACCAUCCACAAUUAGAUUGGAAUUUUUUCAAAUCAAUUAUUACUGUAACUUUAUUAAAACCACUUAAAAUGUUAGUUGUGGAACCAAUUGUUUCAUUAUUAUCAAUCUAUAUUGCUUUUAUUUUUGCAGUUUUAUUUGGAUUUUUUGAAGCAUUACCAAUUAUCUUUAGAGGGGUCCAUCACUUCACUCUUGGUAAUUCUGGUUUACCAUUUAUUGCUGUUGGUCUUGGAUUAAUUGUUGGGGUUAUCUUUUAUAUUAUUUUGGAUGUCACUAUUGCAUUUCCUAAAAACCCUGACGGAACUAGAGGUAAAAGGGACGCUGAUGGUAAUCCAGUUUUUGAUCCACCAGAGAAAAAAUUAUUGGUUGGUAAAAUCGGAGCAUUUUGUUUACCAAUAUCAUUAUUUUGGUUAGGAUGGACUGGUAAAUUUGAAUCAGUUCAUUGGAUGGCACCAACUGCUGCCGGAUUCCCAUUUGGUUUUGGUUUAAUUUUAGUAUUUUUUUCAGUUGUUUUAUAUUUUUCAAUGGCAUUUCCUCCAUUAUCAGUCGCUUCAGCAUUAGCUGCAAAUAAUUUAUUACGUUAUAUAUUGGCAAGUGUUUUCCCAUUAUUCACUGUUCAAAUGUAUGAUCGUUUGAAUAUUGGAUGGGCAUCUUCAGUAUUUGCAUUUAUUUCAUUAGCCAUGGUACCAUUACCAUUUAUAUUUGGGAAAUGGGGCCCAGGUUUUAGAGCCAAAUCCCAAUACGGAUAUGCAGCAUAUUUUAAACAAUUACAAGCUUCUAAAAAAACUGAAUCAGAUAAUGAUACAGCAAAUGAAUCAAGUUCUGAACCAAUUGAACGUAAAGUGUGAGUGUAUGUAAAUUAAU